CUCAGGCCGGAGAUACAGUCUGACAUUGUUAACGGUGCAUAUCCUUAAAGGGACUAGGAGAGAGAGAGAGAAAGAGAGAGAGCAGACACAGCAAAACUGAGUGAUAAAAAUCUGGAGAUCUGAGAAAGCCUCCCAGUGUGUGUGUGUGCUGCGAGAGGAUGCUGGUCCAACAGUGACUCUCCCAGAGUUUAACAAGGACGGAGAUGUUCAGCAACAGAAGUUAACGCAACCUGAAUGAACUUCGGCUGAGAGUGGAUGGAUCUGCAGACAGGGAUUUAUGCAGGAUGGAGAUGUUUGCCAGGCAGUGCUUUGUUUGGAUGCUUCUGAAAGGAACCUUUUGUUUGUUGGUCCAACAUAAUGGCAACUUCAGCAAGAGAGCAUCACCUGUCGACGGAGAUCAAGACCCUUCAUCAGAGAAAAGCUGGGCGCCCCAAACUGGGGGUUUGAUUCAGAACACCAAACUACCCGUCAAUUCUUUUAUUCCUCUUUCAAAGGAGGGAAUUCUGGAAGUACUUGGAGGAAAAGGAAACUCCCAGUCGUACUCCAACCCGUCCUUAAAGAUAAAGCUUGGUCCCAUCAUGAAAGUUCAUGGCGCAUCUAAAUUCUCCAGGACGUUCAGUUGGGGGGACUUCUACUCAAACAUCAAAACCGUCAAACUGAAUUUGCUGAUCAUGGGGAAGAUCGUGGACCACGGGAACGGCUCCCUCGGGGUCUACUUCCGCCACAACUCCACAGGUGUGGGCAACGUCUCUGUCAGCCUUGUCCCGCCGAUGAAAGAGGUGGAGUUUGACCUGGAGCGGCAAAGUGUGGUCCCCCCCAAAGACUCAAAGACGUUCAACUGCAGGGUGGACUACGAGAAGACUGAACGCAACAAAAAGGUGAUGCUGUGCAACUAUGAUCCGUCCAAGACGUGUGCCCAGGAGCAGACCCAGAGCCACGUCGCCUGGCUGUGCUCCAAACCCUUCCAGGUCAUCUGCAUCUACGUGUCGUUCUACAGCACAGACUACAGACUGGUUCAGAAAGUCUGUCCAGACUACAGCUACCAGAACCCAGGAGCCUACCUGCCCACAGGCUAACCAGAGGUUCAACUAAGGGUGAUAGUGGAGAGUGACGUUUCAAUAAGUCCAGUUUGAGCAGCUGUGAGAUAUGAGCAAAAAGAGAAAAUGUUUUAUUCAAGUCUUACAAUUUACCAGAUGCUGUAUAGUAUUUGUUUUUAGUGAGAUAUUUUGCUUGUUGUAGAUUACAAGAGUUGUAUUAGACUGUUUUUAUGAAAUGUAUAUAAUUAGGGCUGCAGCUAGUGAGGCUUUUUCAUUACCGACUGAUGUGAUGAUUAUUUCCGACAGUUUCAUUUCAUUAAAUGACAGAAAGUUGUGAAAAAUGCUCAUCACAACCUUCUAAUUAUUCAUCUAAUUGUUUCGUCUGACCAACAGUUCAAAACCCAAAGAUCUUUAGUUUCUGAUCACAUGAGACAAAUAAAAGCAGGAAAUCUGUAUAAAUGAGAGGCUGGAUGAAGGAA